GAACGAGCAGUGCUGAACUCGUAGCACCUCGAAUACUUUUACUUGGAAGUUGGAACUGGGCUCAAUGCCGAACAUUAAGUGACGUAGGCCAUAUAGGAUUUGCACGAAAUAUAAUAUGUUGUCAGCAAGAAAACUGCUGGAACAUUUCCAUCAUAAUGAUAUGUAUACCAGGAACUCGGCAGAGUCGUCUAUCUCGUUUUUUGUUUGAAACCACACGAGUGGAAUAAACCGGUGUCCUGGGACCGAGAGAGUCGUGUGCUACAGGGCAGAGAAGGUGGUCAUGGGGUUAGCGCUUCACACUCUCCUGGCCCUGACUGUCCAGCUUCCCUGGCUGCUGCUCCUGGCUCUGCUCGUUCCCAGGAAUGUCCGAGCUGAAGAGCUGAAGCCCACUAGAUGGCCCCUGUUCUCCCAGAAGCCUUUGCUCCUCGCCUGGAAUGCCCCAACGGAGGACUGUGGCCCCCGGCACGGUGUGCAUUUCCCGCUGGAGCAGUUCCAGAUCGUAGCUUCACCCAACGAGGGCUUCGUCAGACAGAACCUCACCAUCUUCUAUAAGGACCGGUUAGGGCUGUACCCGUAUUACGAGCGUGACGGCACCGCGGUGAACGGUGGAAUCCCUCAGGCCGCCAGUCUCAUGCAGCACCAGGAGAAGAUGCCCGAAGGUGUGCACAAAUACAUACGCGAACCAAACGCCAAAGGCCUCGCCGUCAUUGACUGGGAGGAGUGGCGUCCGCUGUGGAUCCGCAACUGGGACGUCAAGAACGUGUACCGGGACCAAUCCCGGAAACUAGUGGCCGAGAAAAACCCGGAUUGGCCCCUGGAGCGAGUGGGGAAAGUGGCUCAGCAGGAGUUUGAGCUGUCGGCCCGAAAGUUCAUGCUGGAGACCCUCAGGCUGGCCAAGAGCCUGCGUCCUAACCAACUGUGGGGGUUCUACCUGUUCCCAGAUUGCUACAACCACGACUACCGGAGCGGCCUGAAGAACUACACAGGCCGCUGCCCUGAUGUGGAGGUGGCCCGUAAUGACCAGCUCACCUGGCUGUGGACUGAGAGCACGGCUCUGUUCCCUUCAGUCUACAUGGGCAAGGUGCUGAGCUCCACCACGUUCGGGCGCCAGUUUGUCCGGAACCGGGUGAAGGAGGGGAUGCGGCUGGCUUCGGCGGGCGACGGGGUGGCACGGCCCGUCUUCGUCUACACCCGGCCUACGUAUGCCAACGAGCUGACUCCGCUGACUGAGACAGACCUGGUGUCCACCAUUGGGGAGAGUGUAGCCCUGGGAGCAGCUGGGGUCAUCGUCUGGGGAGACCAUACCUACGCCAGCAGCAAAGCCAGCUGCUCCAGUCUGAAUGACUACCUACGGGGUCCGCUUGGACAGUACCUGCUUAACGUCUCUACGGCAGCAGAAUUGUGCAGCCAGCAGCUGUGCACCUCCCAUGGCCGCUGCCUCCGCACACUCUCAGACACUGACGCCUACCUGCACCUCAACCCCCUCACCCACAGCAUCAGCGUCCAGGGGGGCAGGCUGAAGGUGACAGGUCAGCUAGAUCAGGGGGAGCUGGCUAGGUACAGGCAACACUUCCAGUGCCAGUGCUACAGCGGGUACAAGGGCGAGGGCUGUGCCCAGAGAGAGCUGGGGAAGAGUGCUGCCGCACCUGUCUGGGGAGUCUGGUCUGUACUCACCCUGUUGCUCCCUCUAGGGCUUCUCACUCUGCUCCACUGAGGGAGGCGAGCAGGAGCUGACAACGUGCAAUAUGGGGGGAAACAACCACGCCUUGGUCCUGGCCUUUGCUGGGCCUCAGGGAGAUUCCUGGUCAGGGAUGGGCUCUAGCUGUUCUGUGGGACUGAUCCAUAUGGAGAAGAGGACAUGGGAGUGCCAUUUGUCAACAAGGUGAAGGAGGGGACUGAAGAUGCUCCUCAGUACCCUUCAGUUACCCACGCAAGCUAAAGGGACAGUAUGUGAAGUGGGAAAACAAUAGGCCGUCUAUUUUUGACUUGAUGUUUUUAUUGUGAGUGCUGUGAGGUAGAAAGGAAGGUCUAUGCUGGACUGGUCUAUCCCUCCCUUCACCAGAUCUGGAAGACAUCUGGAGCUAGCAGCCAGAACUAGAACUAAGAUGUCUGUAAUGUGUAUGAAUGCUGACCUCAACUGUAUAUUGAGUGUGUGUGUGUCUGUGUGAACUGUGUCAUUUAGAGGUUGUAAGGUUACUACGGGCGGCAAGUAGCCUAGUGGUUAGAGCGUUGGGCCAGUAACCGAAAGGUUGCUAGAUUGAAUCCCCUAGCUGAC